UACAUAACCCAACUAAAUGUAAACAAUCGUUAUGUUAUUAAUUCCGCCGUAAACAACUUUUAAAUAUGUCGCUAGCGAUUCUGCAUGCCGUUUUGGUGUACUCUAUAGUAUGCGCGGUGGCGUUCGAGGAUUUUAUUUAUGUCUACGGCGAGGGAAAUAAAGAAAUGACAGAACAAGGCCGAGCCCAUUAUCAGAUGAUCAAAGAACGUGGUAGUUUGCCUAAAUACGGUUCCUGUUGGAAGGCUGCUUUAGAACACAUAAACGAGGGCUGUCGUUAUUUGUCGGAAGAUACCCAGAGCGAUAUAGCUUUACACAUAACAAAUUGUUUCCUUCAAAUGUCAGGUCAUGAAACAUACAACUGUGAGUUUGACAAGAAAGCAAACUUGAGAAGUAUCUGUAUAAAUAGUAUGUCGGACAGGGCGUUUAAUGUUUAUACCGAGUUUUAUACACAUACACAGAACAUCUGUUGGUUCCUGAGGGGCCAAAUUUGGCACGAGGCUAUAGCAGAAAACACUUUGCGAGUGGGUAAACAGUUGGAAGUAUCUACUCAAAACCAAGAGGACUUAAUCAAAGUACAGCGCGAGAGUUUGGAGCUUCAGGAUAGGAUGCUAAAACAGGGGAAAUUCUUGGAACAUGUUAUGGAGGACAUUUAUGUUGCUACACAAAUGCACCAAGAGAUUUUAAAUCUGCUGACCCGGAGUGUUACUAAUUUGCAGACUUGGAUAGUGGGUGAAGUGUCAUGGAUAGAUACUAUCAUCUUUAAUAUGACUGCUCUGUUUAUGGUAUUUAUGUUGACCUCCUCACAGAGGACCGCAGCUGCCCGGUUUCCAUUGUUUAUUUUGUUAUUUUUAAAUUUGUGUGUGGAACGGAUGAUUUGCGCAAUUUUCAGUAAAAAUCAAAACGAAUAUGACACUAAUGUCUUAUACAGUACCAUCUACAGGUUUGUUUGGUAUUCAAGGUAUGCUUUUACAUUUCUGGGGGCCUUUGUUAUUAUUUACAAAGCUAUAAUGUACACUGACUCAUUCCAAGAAAAUGUUAAACUCUUGUUAAAGAUAAGAGAUCAGAACAAUAAAAUUUUACGAGCUUUGGAAAGUUUGAGCAUAAGUGGUAAUUUACACAAUGCCAAUUUGGAGUUUGUUAACGAGUCAUUUCCUAGAGAUCACAAGGAGAGGAGUGUCUCGAAAUUUAGUAAUAAAUUUUUAUAUAGAAGGCUUGAAGAGGACAGCAGUGAGGAUUCAAAAGGCAGCUUCAGAAAUUUGGGACUGAAUUACUCAAAGAGAUUCGUUCAUGAUGGCUCAAAAAAGUAUAAUUUAAGAAGCAGGCAGGGCACCCCUGACUCGGGUGUCAAUUGAAAUAUAUUUUUGAGUAGUCUCUUAAUGUAGUUGUUUGUCUGAAAAGUGGUGUAAUCUCAAACUGCUCGCAAUUUUUUAGUCUAGGAACACUAAGUUAGGAAAGCUAGAAAUUUACAUUCCGAUUGUCAAAUACAAAUGUGAUUGUAUCAAUCUUUGCUGUUUACUUAGUGAAAUAAGUUUACUCAGAAUAUUAAUUGGUUUUAAUUUUUUUAAAUGUUUUUUAGUUAUUAAGUGCCAAGGUAGUU